UUGAAGUGUUUGUGUUAAUUAUGAAACAGUAAGCACAAAAGUGAAUAGAGUAAAACUAGUCUUGUAUCAGGAAAACUAAAGUUACAGUGCCAUCUGCCCAGUAAAGAUGCUGUGCUUUAUAUAUUUUGUCUUGUUUCUUCUCAUUAGUCCUGCUUUAUCUCAAGUCACAGAUUGUACUAAACUUCUCACAUGCUCUGAUUGUAUUAUUGUCCUGAAGUGUGGCUGGUGUUCCACUCCAACUCAAGGUGGCUGCCAGAAUGUAUCUAGCUCUAAGUGCUCUCCUGCUGACUUUUUUGUCCCCACAAGUGAAGUAUUGGAAUACAGCGAGUUCCCAAUUGAUGAAACAAAUCAGAUUUCACUGGAGAAUAUCAAUAUUCAACUAAGAGUGAAUGAGCCCCUUUCGUUCAAUGUCUCCAUUAAAGCUGCAAAUGAUUUCCCUUUGGAUGUGUAUGUAUUGAUGGACCUAUCAGCUAGCUUUAAAAAAGAUCUCAUGACUGUUCAGGUAUUGGCUUCACAACUCCCUCUUACUCUUCGAAAUGUUUCAUCAGACUUUUUAAUUGGUUUUGGUACAUAUGUUGAUAAACCAACCUUACCGUUUACGUCUAAUUCACAGCUCAAUGGGUAUGAGUGCUCUCUUCCAGACUGUGACACACCUUUUGCUUAUCAUCACAUUGUAGCUCUCACCAAUUCCUCUGAUCUCUUUAAUUCCUCAGUUCACAACGCCAUAGUAUCCACUAACGUUGAUAAUCCAGAAGGAACAUUAGAAGCAAUGCUGCAAGCAGUUGUGUGUGAUAAUAUCAUUGGCUGGAGAGAUAACUCAAGAAAGAUUCUUCUAGUAAUGACUGAUGAUACGAUGCAUACAGCAGGUGAUGGAGCACUAGCUGGCAUUACAAAACCAAGUGAUGGUCUAUGUCACACAGAGUAUGACCCUAUACUCAAUAGAACAGUGUACACAGCAGCUUUGUCUCAAGAUUAUCCU